UGGCAUGUUUUGAGGCCAUGCCCUUUACCCUGAUGAAGGGGCAUAGCCCCAGAAACAUGUCAGUGGAAUGCAUGAGCGGACUUACAACUCAUGGGGUCCCGAGCAAUAGGGGAACAUGGAGCCUCUGUGAAAUAAGCUCAAAAAAAGCCUAUGAAAAAGAUACAGGGGCAUCUCAUGGGGCCCCUUACUGACCCUGGGCCCUCAGGCAGUGCCUGAGUUUCCAAAUGGUCAGUCCACCCCUG